UCAUUACUGUACUGGAGCGGGAGCUUGAUUUACAUCAAAGUAUGAAUCGUGUAGGUUAUAAGCGUUGAUAUAAAAUAAUCACAUAUGAACUAUCGUUUCGCAAAAAACGACUUAACCGUCAUCAGUGUGUAAAUAACUAAGAAAUAUAUAUUAGGAAUAAAACAUUAAAAUAAAAAAGGCACCAUGUCGGGACACACCGCCAAUGUCGUCUGCUUCGUCAUCGUCCUGAUGACGUCCCGUCAAAUGACCGGACAGGCGCAUGACGUGGCACAGCUGAACAAAAGAUUGACGCUCAUCAAAACUUCUGUUGAUCGUGACAUCAGCGACAUACGGUUCCAGAUCUUGGAACUGAAGAUGAUCGUUGAGCAGAUACUGGUCGAUCAGAGGAACGCUAGCGAUGUGUCCAUAAUUGGAGGACCAUUCAUUGGCUAUGGCCAGGAAAUAACAGGUGUUCAUCAAAACGAGAUUGCAGACCUGAAAACCAAGUUAACAACCCUGGAAAACAGACUGAAUACAUUAUCUAGUACUGUUAGCGACACAGAGGUCGACAAAAAGGAAACUGAAAUGGAAAGAAACGAAUUAAUUGAGAACUUAAAAGCUGAACUUCUUACAAAGUUUGAAGAAACCGUAACGGUUAUCAUAAAAGGUUAUAAGGACCUCAAGACGCAUGUUAACUUGAAAGACUCUUUGGUCGAUCAAAUACAUAACCUUUCCCAGUCGGUGAGUUCCGAACAAAACAAGCUAAGUAGGAAGAUUGAACAGGCAGAUGCGAAAGUCGUUAGACUGGAUGGUGAAGUGAACAAGCUCAAAGUCGACGAAUUAGUCGAGCAAAAGAAAAGAAACGAACUGAUGCAAAACUUCAAAACUGAACUUCUUCAGUUGAACGCAGAAGUUAAAACAAAAUGCGACGAUAGAGUCAACGUUCUUCAAAAGAAGUUUGAGGAAACCACAGCGGUGAAUAUGGCAGGUUACAAGAAUCUGGAGACGCACAUGUCCAAUCAAAUGAAAAAUCUUGACCAGACGGUGAUCUCCAAACAAAACAGACUAAGUGCGAGGAUUGACCAGGCAGAUGCAAUGAUCGCAAGACUGGAUGGUAGAUUGAACACGCUGGAUGGCUUUUCGAGAGCGAUCGAAGAGCUGAAAGCAAAGACUGACAAGUGCAUAGAUGUAGCUGCCAGAAACUGUCGGGAUGACUACACCUCAUUCCAAGGGUCUUGUUACCAUUUUGGGAACGUGCAGGGAACAUACACUGAGUCGAAGCACUAUUGUCGACAACAUGGGGGUCAUCUAGCAAACAUAAAGACAUCGUUGGAAAACUACUUCGUCAAGAAUCAUGUCAGACAAAUGCAAACUCGCCAUUGGUGGAUAGGUCUGAACGAUCAGAUGGUAGAAGGACACUUCAUUUGGGAUGACGACAAUACAGCGGCGACAUUUACAGACUGGGGCACCAACCAGCCUCAAGGAGGCCACGAAGACUGUGUUGCUCUCGACCAUCAGGAUGGCUAUAUGUGGGGAGAUUUCCCGUGCACUAUGCAGCUGUUUCCAGUCUGCAAAGCACAGUAAUGCUGGCGAACCUAAACAUUUGAAAAUUCCUUAUAAGCGUAAUGUUAUAUGUAUGAGAAUCGAAAACCUGUCUCUUACAUUCAUCAAUACAACAUGUUUAAGUACUUAAACUGCGGGAUCUGUCUAGCACAUGUAGCUUUCUAUCAUACUUUUAUCAUUGUUAACUUCAGACAUUGCAUCAAACUAGUCUAUGUUUGCAUUCGUUUGCGUAUAUUCGACAAGUUGAACAGAAACUAUUCAGAAUCGUUUGCACAUAAAGCUUAAAUGUUAACACGUGUUUAGUACUUCCCGUUUAAUAUAAUAUUCUUGAAUUGCAUUAAAUGUUAUCAAUUCCUUUUACAUUCAAAUCAUUAUUUUUGACAAGAGUUCAUUGAUUACAAUUGAGGGCAUGGUGAUAUAACUAAACAGGCAUAUGAUUUCACGCAAAAGUCACUUUUGUCGUCCAUGUCAAUCAAUUAAUUCAAGAAUUUUAUCAUCGAGAAUGUUAUUAGAAUUGGGUCAUUUGACUCAAAUUAAAAUAUCUUUGGAAAACGACUUCAUUUAUUAACAAUACAGAAACAUUCAAAGCGCGUAUUAUGUACAAAUAAGCUUUAAUUGAAACAUCUUUGCAAAACGUUGUCAUUGAGAAACGAUGAAAACCAAUCAAACGCAAAUACACAGUAGUUUAAAUUGAACAUCUUUGGGAAACGACUUUUUUUAGAAAUUCAUUCAGACCCAUAUAAUAUGCGUAGCUAGUAACCGUACCAGCAUCGCAGUAUUUGUGAGGAUUCGGUAUUGCAUCAUAUGUUGUUAUGAAUUUGUGAUUUGCAAGUCAAUAUGAAGUCGAUAAAAUAGAUCUUGUUUUAGUUUAUCAAAAUCGCGUGUAUACUGUGUUCAUAAGGUAUAGUAAAAAGCCAUUUGCUAUGUUUGGAUACCAGGAUUAUGAAGAUAAUUCAAUAGAGCGAGUAUUCUUUGCAGGGUCUUGAAAUCAAUUAUAGCACACCUGUGCACUUCAGUUUUGUAAACGAUGAAGUGUUAAUAUAAGUGUAACUGUGUUGUUCAUUUGUAUAAUAAUAAUGAGCUGUAGAUGUUAUUUAUAAAGGAAACUAGUAUAAUUUGAAUUCAAUAAAAAAGAAAUCAAACAUGCA